CAGACAAAACAGUCUCUGUGAUUUAGAUCAUAUCCGAUAUCUGGAGAUAAGUCGCUGCUGGCUCUGUUUACAGAGAACGAAUUCCUCAUAUCUCACCUGCCUUGGGCCCUUCGAGGUCCUGUAUCUCCGCAGUCAUGAUGGCAGGUCUUAAGACUAUUAUCGCUCUCUCCUUUGUUCUUGCCAUUGGCUUUCUUCUGGUCAUCCUCUCCUCCGCUCUCUGGCACAACUUCCUCCCGUUGAUUGUGGUUGCGACAUAUGUCAUCGCUCCUCUACCGAACUGGAUUUGCGCUCGAUGCGCUAAUCCAGAUGAUUUUAUGGACAGUUCUGGUAAUGCAGUUGCUGAUUUUGGACGAUUCUUGACUGGUUUCCUGGUGUUGAUGGGUAUUGCCCUGCCGGCCGUGCUUGCACAUAGCGGAGCUAUCCAGCUCCCUGCCAUGAUCAUGUCCAUCCUCGGAGGUCUUCUGAUUUACGGCACUAUUAUCAGUUUCUCGAUGUUCUUCAAGGAGCAAGAGGAGUUUUGAUCUCCAUAAAGCGUCAGCCAACGGGGAACGCUCGAGGGCGGAUACUUUUUCUACGACACCAUUCCAGCAGACCGUUCAUAAGCCCUCUGUGAAGCCCUAGGGCACUGGCUCACCACAAGUGACAAGUUGUUUUUUCCCGCUUGAUUUGGCCUACAGUUACUCUUAUGUGAAGUUUCAUGAACUGCAGCCUGUUUCAUUUGACCCUGUUUUAUCAGCGAUACGAACGGUGUACUAUAGCCGAUGAGAAGUUAUAUAGAGCAUUGCCACGGUAUUUCUUGGGUAAUACCCCUAGCUGGGC